UCGUUAGAGGGCGCGUCGCACCCCCGCGCUCUGAUCGCCGGGUGUGUGACGUCACUUCCGAACAGUCCCUGCCCGGCAAAUUUGUGCAGAAAAGACGAAGAAGAAGAAGAAGAAGAACCCAAAAGUGUCCGUCAUGUCCCAAAUGUUUCACGUGGUCAAAUGUUUCAGCUGCGACUGCUUCCAAGCGCAACAGGUGAAGAAGGUGAAAAAGUGGACUUGCAAACUCUGCGGCGAGAAGCAAUCUCUGCUCGAGGAGUUCGCUGGCGGCAGCGGAGCGGACUGCAGGCGGCACGUCCAGAGACUGAACGCCCAAAGGGGGGCCGCGUGGGAGGAAGCCCACUUGCGCUCGCUACGGAAGUGGCGAGAAGAACAGACAGGAAGUGAAGACCGUCACCAUCAUCAAGCGUCCUCCACCCGGCUGAGCCGCUGGAGCAAAUACGUGGACCCGCCCGAGGACGUGAGGUGUUUCCGUGGCAACAGCAGGGAGACGAAGCUCGACGCCGACGGCCGCCAUCGGUCGAACGCCGACGCGAUGCCGAGACCGCCGGCGUCUUCCAGGCCCGGCGUGACGUCGGCCCGCCCGCCGCUUCCCGCUUCCUCGGUCGCGCCCGACGACGCCCGGCCCCGCCCCACUUCCUCCACGUUCGACAGCGGAGAAGACUUUGACGUCGACUUCUGACGGCGACGUGCGGGAAA